AUGAAAUUUUACAAUGGUGGUGACAUGUUAACAAUGCUGAGCAAGUUUGACGACCAAAUUCCCGAAGACAUAUCUCGAUUUUACCUGGCCGAGCUUGUUUUAGCCAUAAACUCACUGCACGAACUUGGUUACGUGCAUCGAGAUAUUAAACCGGACAACGUCCUUCUGGAGACAUCUGGACACAUUGUUCUGACAGAUUUUGGCUCCUGCCUUCGCAUCGGCAAUGACGGUUUGAUAAGAAACACCGCUGCCGUUGGCACUCCGGACUACAUAGCGCCAGAAAUUCUCCGUGCUGCCGAAGAUUCGCACGGAACCUUCGGAGUGGAAUGUGACUAUUGGUCUCUGGGUGUGGUGAUGUACGAGAUGCUCUUUGGGGAGACACCAUUUUACAGCGAAAAUUUAAUCCAGACUUACAGUCAGAUAAUGAAUUUUGAGAAGACCUUCAAAUUCCCCGAAGACGAAGAGGGUGUAUCGAACGCUGCUAAAGACUUACUUAAACACUUUCUAUGCGACAGGAAGCAGCGCUACGGGCGCAAUGGAAUCGAGGAAAUUGUAAAGCAUCCCUUUUUCACCGGCGUUGAUUGGGAAAACAUCCGGUCGCAACCUGCGCCCUAUCAACCAGAAGUCAAGUCCCCGGAGGAUACAUCAAAUUUUGACAUAGAAGAGUCAGUUCGCACUCACGAGGGUCCACCAUUGGGUUCAGUGUUUCGCGGAUGCCAGGUGGCGUGCAUUGGCUUCACGUUUACCAAGGGCUCUCCACUAAACCAAAUUGGCAAGCUGGGUGAGAACCUCAAGGCAGAGUUGUUGGAAGAAGGAGCUACCACAACCACUGCUGCUGCUGAUGUACACUGUCCCAAAUGUUUAGGGCUCGAAUCACGGGUGCACGAUCUGGAGUCGGAGCUGCAGGCACUGACAAUGAAUAUGCAGCAGCAACCUCCACCACCGUCACCAAAGCUAAAUGGAACCCCAUCUGCAGCAGCAUUAGAGGCGGCGAUGGAAAAACUCACUGCCUCGGAGGCGCGGUCGAAAGAGCUGGCGGUGGAAGUGCAACACCUCCAGACAGUCCUGGAUGCUGCUGAAGCUCGCUGUGUCAGUGAGGAAAAGCACAACGCUCACCUCACAAAGGCCCAGUCGACACCUAGUGAACAUGAUGUGUUUGAUUUGUCUUACAGCCUGGCGGAGGAGCAAGAAAGGACAGAGCGCCUCAAAUUUGACGUUCGCGAAUACGAGGAGGAAAAUGAAGAUCUUUGCAAACGCAUUCAGGAGACCAGCUCCAAGCUGCGCGACAAGGAGGCAGCCUGUGAAAGACUCCUCAAUGAUCUGGAAGAGAAACGCGCCGAGCUGGCGGCACAGCGGAAGCUCUUGGACGAGUACAUCCAACAGCAGCAACACUCACAGAAGGCAGCGGCAGCAGUAGCACUGGAGAACAAUCAUUCUAAUGGGUUUGGAGCCACAGCAGGUGACACCACAGCGGGAGUGACGGCGGCGGCGAACGAGUUGGAUCUGAAGUUCCGUGAGGCGGUGGCCUGGGCAGAGGAGUGUGAGACAAAGUUGGCCAAUCAAGAGGCCUACUGGACCGAUCAAAAGCUCCGCUGGCAGCGUGAGCGCUCAGAGCUGCAGGACCGUAUUCGAGAGAUUGUUCUCGAAAGAGUGCGUUGUUGUUACUCUUCACCCCUCGUCCAUCCUGAUCUAUUGAGUUUUACUACGAGUUUCCUGGAGGGCGAGUUACGCCAAGAGAGGCAGCGUUGCACGGCGCUGGAGCAACGUGUGAUGGUGUGGGAAAAUCAGCUAGCCGAACUUGUCUGCAUGGCUGACAAUGAGUGGGCCGCCAAUGACAGUCUUCAUGACACAGUGCUCCAUCUGAUUUCCGAUCUACAGCGUAUACGCAACGGCUCGUCGGAUAGGUCGGAGUACGAUGAUUAUCGCCCAGUUCCCAGCAUCACCUCCGCAGCCAUCAGUAGCGGCAGUAUCGGGAGCGCAGUGGACUGGCGUCAGCGUAAGGCAGGCCGUAUCAGCAAGAUGGAGCGAUUCAACCUCCAACUGGCGCUUAAUAAUGAGAUUCGCGAACGCGAACUCGCCCAACAGCGCGUACGCGAACUCGAAGUACAGCUGGAGGAGACGACUACUCGCUUAAGUGACACCUCGAAUAAAUUGCUUCAGACGGAAAAGGAGAAAGAGACCUUGCAAGACCAGCUUGUGAAAGUGACCAAUGAAGUUCGUAGGUCAUGCAUGAAAACGACGGAACUGGAGGAGUCUGCGUGUCUUCGUGCGGAACUGCUGAACGGGGCGCAUACAUCGGCCCGCCGGACGGUAGAGUCGACUACAGUGCGUCAGACCUCCAAGUCCUCUGAGAAGUCCAUCUCUCUCGGAAGCGGCAGUGGUGUCUCUACGAGUUCGCACAAACUAGUACCAGACAGCUUUUCCAUCCCCACCAAAUGCCUGGUCUGUGCGAGCUUACUGCUAGGUCAGCACUGGCAGGGCUUGCGCUGUCAACAGUGCGGCUUUGCCUGCCAUCUUCAAUGUCGUCAGGCCGCCGCCUCUCUUCCCUGCUCUUCCAAGACUGUUCCCUCCGGAAUGCCCUCCUUCGACGCAGAUGUCGCCUUUGGUCUUGGCACCAUCAUUGAGGGGCCUGUUAGGACUCCAAAAGGAGACAUCAAACGCGGCUGGGUUCAGCAGUACGCCUUCCUCUGCGAUAUGCGGCUCUUCAUUUAUGAUUGCACAGCAGUGCGUCGCGCCCGUACGGUCUACCAACCAAGUACGGAGACGUCGCGCGAUCCGCGCGCAUUGACUCUGGCCACCGACGGUGGCGUCGGUGGCACCGUGGCCUCACCGAGGUCGACAGGCACACUCUCUAUCACCCUGCCCUACAACGGAGGUACACAAAUAACCUACGAGACGGUCUACGACAUCCACGGUAACGCGCCCACCUGCGUGAUCGACCUCAAUGUUUCUGGCUUCGAGGUCUCUCGCGUCUCCAAUACCGAUGUCAUUCACGCCAAACGCAGUGAAGUACCACACAUCCUCAAGGUGAACCCGGAUGACUACGCAGGUAGCGUACCGGUGUAUCUCCUCUUCGAAACGCGCGAGGAGUGCGAGCGGUGGUUCAGCGCGCUAGAGGACGGCGCACGUCUGGUCUAUCGCAACUUUGCACGCACUCCUGAUUCCCAGUGCCUCCAGUUAUCCCUCCUCUCCGAUCCCUCGUUUCCUCUCAUCAAACACAUCCUAUCCGCCUGUGUUCUUGAUGAACACCGAAUCUUAGUGGGAACCGAAGAUGGUCUAUACAUCGUGGAUCUACGCUACAAAACCUACGCGCGGGUUGGGGAGAAGAAACCCAUCUACCAGGUGGAGGCCCUGCCAGAGGAACUACAGCUUGUCGCCGUCAUUCAAGACAAGCAGCACCGUCUGCGGCUGGUCCUCUCGGGAGCGAUAGAGGGUAUGAAUUACGAAAAGAUUCGCGUGGCAGACCCCAAGUCGGGCGUAUCUCUCCUGGCGCACGGCUGGUCGCGCGGUCACACCGCCUAUCUCCUCUGCGCAGCGAGUAGCAGUAUUAGUGGUGUGUGGGUGUAUGAGGUGGUACGAGAAGCCUCACGGCACCGCCGCCUCCUCGAACUCCCCCCACCCCCCUCCGCCUCGCAAAUCCAGGCCCUCUGUCUCGUCCGUGAUGGCGAUUGUCUGGCUGUCGGCUUCGAGAGUGCCUUCGUAAUCUACAAUGUCUGGUCCCAUGGGACCAUCAAUGUUCUCUUGGAACCCUCGUGCAUCGAUCUGGACCCGAGUUUGUUGAUGUUCCGUCAAAACCGAUUUGCAGCACAACUGGCCGUCUCUGUGAACGUCGAUGAAUUUCUUCUCGUCUUCGAAAACUGUGGGAUCUACGUAGACAGUCAGGGACAGUUGACACGUCAAGUUUACCUCUUCUGGCCAGCCAAACCAUUACCCCACGGCUUCGCCCUCCGCCAACCAUUCCUUUACGUCUUCACAGAAGCAGGUCUCUUCCUCUUCAACGUAGAGACUUCAACAUGGAGCGCCUCUGCUGCGGGUUUACGUCGUCUCCGCCCUCUCAACACCUCUGACGGUCACCUCUGUCUCAUGACGCAUUCAAGUAUCCAAGGCCUCUCCAAGUUGGUCAACAGUGGCGGCAGUAGCAGUAGUGGUAGUGCUAACGGGGGUAGCAGUAGUGGCAACGUUAGUGGUAUUGGUAUCGGCGGGUUCAGUGGCACCGCUAACGCCUCUCUAGUCUACCUCCCACCUCCGAGACAAUCAAUGUUCGCCUCUGUGCAGCGGCGCAGAACUAAUGCUUCCCUCCUCACCUCCUCGCCUCUCACCCGACCUCUGGGUGUAGGUGGCAGUGGCAUAGAGAGGCAGCUGGAAUUGAACAAUGUCACCCUCCUGGAUGCCAAUACUAGGGCUCGGAAGUCGAGACACUUCUCCAUCUUCUCCCGCGGUCCGCUCUUUGGUCCCCUCUUGGAUUCAAUGCCGUCGGACCAUGGGACCACUUCGGAGGGUGGUGGUGGCGGUGGACUGGCCGCCUCCAGCACCACCACCUCGGGCUCGCGGCUCAUCUCGGCCCCCUCGGACUUCCAGCAUCUCGCGCACCAGGGCCCCGACGUGCGCAUCCACUUUAUUGAUCUGGCACAGUCGCAACGCAUCACCCGCUACUCUACCGGCAACUUCUCUCUCCCUGUCGAACCAUCCAUUGGCGCAAAAGAGCCGAGGACGCAUCGCGACUCACAGGCGUCCCUGCACUCCAGCUCAUCUCGUCAGUCUACUGACCAGUCUUUGGGUGAACCCGAAGGCUCAGUCGAGCCGAUAUCACUAAGCCUUCCGCUAUCCACCUCUGCUCCUGGUGGUGCUCCUGCAGGUGACAUGGGCGAGGAGGCUAUCACUCCCUCUGCAUCGUCCAAUACUCCCAACAGCCAUCACCACCAACAUCAUGUGCCGCUGACGUCAUCACCACAGUCGACCCACCGGCCGACACCACCGCUUGACUCCCCUUGCUUUCGUGAUAAAGUGCUUGCCCUCUUCCACACCCUGGACAGCGACACGUUGCCUAACCUAAACAAUCCCGCCACCCCAACCGAGGAAGUGCCGACCUCGACCUAA